AUGGGUAGUGAGAUUGCUCCUAAGCAACUUUUCAUGUGUCAAGUACCUGUUCAUUGCCAAGUAGCCACCAAAUCGUUGGGUUCCUUUGUCCAUUUGAUUGCUUACGGCUCUGUUCAUAUUGCAAAAUGUUUCCGAGACCAUGACUUUGGGUCUUUAUCAAUUAUUGUUACUGGGCAUUCGUGGCUAGAUGUGUCUCAUGGAUAUCAUUUUCAUUUACACCAAUACAACUCGCUCAUUGGUCUCACAAAGGAUAACUGA